AUGGAAGGAACAUCUCAAUCGAACAGCAACAAAGAGACCUCCAACGCCAAGAGCAAUCAAGAAGAGAACCAGGAUCGCCGUCAGAGCCCAGAGAACGAACCGGACUUGCUGGACUACAGCGAGGAAAUGACCAGAGAUACGUCCUCAGCCCCGCAGCAGCCGAGCGUCUUCGCAAGCUUAGGGAACAGUCUACCUUCAAUCGCAGAAACAGCCAUGAGACGACCGGCGGCAGAGGUUUCACAGUCGGAGAGAGGAAUUUCGCCGGCGUUAAUCAACUCUCGAGCGACCUCAUUAGCGCUAGAAACAAUGUCCAACCGAUCUACCCCAGUACCUCGGCCUAUAGACCGCUUAACAUUCCCGGUCAAUACAAAUACCGAAAUGGGCAGACCAGUGUCGACUUUGAUCCCUCGUCAAAACCAUCCGACCCAAUUUCCAGUCCUAGAACAACCUCUAGCCCCACAAGAAGAGGAUACCAUAAUGGACAACCCCGAGUUGGAGACGGUAAUCAACCUCUUAUCCUACUAA